UCAAAUGAUUGUUUUAUGUCGAUGUCGAAGUUGUUUUAUUUUGUAUUCUAAAUGAAUUCUCUCUCAAAUUAAAGUGUUAAAAUUCCUUAAAUCCUUACAAUUACUAGUUUGUAGUAUCAUUUAAGUGUUCAUUUUGUAGUAUAUUAGAAAUAUAACCAAAAAUUUCGGUGGACUAUAACUACAAAUUUUAGUGUUUAUCAUGGCUUUGCAACUAUCCCGGAGGGAGGUUGAGGACCUGCGCUCGUCUCUGGACCGUGCAAUAUACAGGACUAUCGGAAAAUCUGACAGUUCUCUAUUAUCUACUGUUUCGUCCUGCCUGACUAGUGGCUACGAAAGAAGGAAGAUAAUAGACAAAAUCUCAGCGCACAUAGAGUCGAAGAAGGCCAGCAAGCUAGCGGACAAGGUCCUCGCUCUGGCACAGGAGCUAGUGUCUGCAGCGAAGGCGCCCAAGAGGAAACAUGACGAGAACAAAGACAAGGAUAAAGACGUUAAAAGGUCCCGUCAAGAUGAGAAGCACGAGUCGCGAGAUGACAAACGCGACAGAGACAAAGAGGAGAGCAAAGAGAAGAAAGUGGAAAACUUGAUAGAACUGCCUGCAGUCGUACAGGACGGGGAGACCAUUGGCUCCAAGAUGGCUGGCCUCAGUGCCGAUAAAAUUAAGGUGAUGAUGGCGAACGCGCAGAGGGAGAUCGAGGAGCGCAAGCGCACGCUGCAGGCGUUGAAGGGCGAGCGCAACGUGAGCGCCGCCGCCGCCGCCGCGCAGCAGCUGAAGGCGCAGCUGCAGCAGAGCGCCUUCCCGCCGCCCAGCGUCAUCAAGCCCGUGCUCUACUCCAAGCCCGCGGUCGCGCCGAUGUCGGCCGAGGAGUUGGAGAAGCAGAGGAAGAUAGCCGAGCUGCAGGCGAGGAUACAGAGGAAACUGGCAGGUGGAGCCCUCGCCGCGGCGGGCAGCACGGGCCCCGCGCCGCUCAUCCUGGACCGCGAGGGGCGCACCGUGGACACGACGGGCCGCCGCGUGCAGCUCACGCACCGCGCGCCCACGCUCAAGGCCAACAUCCGCGCGAAGCGGCGCGAGGAGUUCCGCGCGCAGCUGGCGGGCGCGGCGGAGGCGGCGGGCGAGGCGGCGUGGCAGGACGAGCGCGUGGCGAGCAAGCCGGCGGCGCGCGCGCGCCGGGCGCUGCGCUUCCACGAGCCCGGCAAGUUCACGCAGAUGGCGGAGCGCCUGCGCAUGCGGGCGCAACUGGAGAAGCUGCAGAACGAGAUAUCGCAGAUCGCGCGCAAGACGGGCAUCUCGUCGGCCACCAAGCUGGCGCUGCUGACGUCGGACGCGCCCGACGCCGACCGCGUGCCCGACAUCGAGUGGUGGGACAGCGUGAUCCUGAUGACGCCGGAGGAGCGCGAGCGGCGGCCGCGGGCCGGCCCGGCGGACGCGCGUACCGGCCCGCAGCGCGUGGCGGCGUGCAACACGGGCGCCGACGACAUCGUGGACAACGUCAACGAGGACGCCAUCACCAACCUGGUGGAGCACCCGCAGCAGCUGCGCCCCCCCACGGAGCCGUUGAAGCCGACGUACAUGCCGGUGUUCCUCACCAAGAAGGAGAGGAAGAAGCUGCGCCGCCAGAGCCGACGCGAGGCGUGGAAGGAGGAGCAGGAGAAGGUGCGCCUGGGGCUAGAGGCGCCGCCCGAACCGAAGCUGAGGAUAUCGAACCUGAUGCGCGCUCUGGGCACGGAGGCGGUGCAAGACCCCACGGCCAUCGAGGCCAAAGUGCGCGAGCAGAUCGCGCGCCGCCAGAAGACCCACCAGGACGCCAACCAGGCGCGCGCGCUCACCAAGGACCAGAAGCGGGAGAAGGUUGACAGGAAACUGCGCGAGGACACCACAAUGGGCGUCCACGUGGCCGUGUACAGGGUCAAGGACUUGUUCGAGUGCGCGUCCGCCAAAUUCAAGGUGGAGGUGAACGCGCAGCAGCUGCACAUGACGGGCUUCGUGUUGCUGCACCGCGGCUGCUGCGUCGUGGUCGCCGAGGGCGGCCCGCGGCAGCACGCCAAGUACAAGCGUCUAAUGCUAAACCGGAUCAAGUGGGAGGAGGAGACGGUGAAGGACGCGGAGGGGGGGGAGGUGCCCAACACUUGCCACCUGGUGUGGGAGGGAGUCACUGCGCGGAGGUGCUUCGGAGACAUCAAGUUCAAGGUGAUGCCGACGGAGAAGCAGGCGCGCGAGCUGUUCCAGAAGCACGGCGUGGAGCACUACUGGGACCUCGCCUACAGCGGGGCCGUGCUCGGCGCGCCCGAGGAGCCCUAGGCCUGCGCACAGUGAGCAGCAAAGUCUUUGUGUUCGUAAGACUGCGCCCAUCUCUGGAACUGACACAAUUGUAAUAAUAGUUUGAGACGGAUAUUGCUACUUGAUCAGGUUUCGCGAUUUGUUGCUGUAAACAGUGGGGAGUUAGAGAGGGGUACCGACCAUAUUGUAGGAAAUAGUUGUCUUUCUUUUUAUUGUUUACAAGUUAGCCCUUGACUACAAUCUCACCUGAUGGUAAGUGAUGAUGUAGUCUUAGAUGGAAGCGGGCUAACUACACGUUUCUACACGGCAUCGUACCGGAACGCUACAUCGCUUGGCGGUACGUCUUUGCCGGUAGGGUGGUAACUAGCCGCGGCUGAAGCCUCCCACCAGCCAGUUUGAAACGGUUUUUGCGACUUGAUCAGAUGGCGCGACUUGUUGUUGUAAACAGUGGGGAGUUAGAGAGGGGUACCGACCAUAUUGUAGGAAAUGGUUGUCUGAGAUGAAUAUAACGUCGCUCGAUCUCGUGUUAGCUUGUGCCGACGACCGCGUGGCGCAGUGGAUAGUGAUCCUGCUUUCUGCAUCCAGGGCCGUGGGUUCGAUUCCCACAACUGGAAAAUAUUUGUGUGAUGAGCAUGGGUGUUUUCCAGUGUCUGUGUGUAUUUAUACAUUAUAUAAGUAUUUAUAUGUAGUAUAUAAUUGUAUAUUAAUAUUAUAAUAUCAACUAUCUUAGUUAACCAUAACACAAGCUACUCUGUAUGCUUACUUUGGGGCUAGAUAGUGAUGUGUAUUGUUUAAGUAUAUAUUUUUUUUUUUAAUUGGAGGGGAAUGCGAAAAUUAGUCAUACAAAAUAAAGAUAUGUAAUAUUCUUUAUUACCUCAUAUUUCCAAAAACCUAAACGGAUUUACGUAAUUAAUAUAUAGUUAGAUUCGUCUUAAUUACUCAAGUUCUUUUAGGUGAAGUUAAAAAAAAAUGACGACUGUUAGACGCCAUGGACUUGAGGUGAAAAAAUAAAAAAAAAAUCAAAAAAUGAUUUUUUUUUUCAAAUACUGCAAUAUGGGUAUCAAAUUCAAAGGCUCAUCAAGAGAAUUUCAAAAUGGUAUAUCAUGGCCAUAGAAAAAUGCUAUUUUCUUUUCAGUUUUUAUAAUUUAUGCAGUCGCGUUUUAUUAUAUUUUUAGUUAUUACUGGUUUUAAAAAAGGGGUUGAAUAGGGGAUGAAAGUUUAUGUAAAAGUCUUUUAAUUUUCAAUACGUCGAUUAAUUAUAGAGUGUGAUGUGGUUCAAAAUUCUUGUAAAUUAAUCCACUAAAAUAAGGGGAUGAAAUAUUUUUUUUAAUUCACAUGAACUUAUGAAUGAGAAUUGAUUUUAUUUCGAGUGAAAUUUUGUUGAUACUUUAUUAUGUUAUAUCAUAAUUUUACUUUGCCUUGAGGCAGUAACUUAUACGCUAAAAAUGUAAAUGUCAAAUGUCAAUAAACGAAUUGUACAGUA